UGCGUGCGCGUCCGUUCGUCCGAGAGCUCCUCAGGAGGAAUCACAAACCCGCCCACAAAGCUGUGCCUAAACUAGACGGGACAGGACAGCUGACGUCCGGAGUUGUCGUAUCUUGACCUAGCCAAGUUGUAAUUACACAUUUCUUAUGAAAUCCCUUUAUGUUACCUCUGGACUUAAACGAAGACAUAUUUUUCGUGGAUUGUUUUCACGAUUGCUAUCUGCCCGUCACCUUUAUGCCAGACUAGACCUGGUCUGACCAGAAAAGAAAAUCCCCCACCCACCCAGACCUGAAACCCACCAUGUCAUAACAGCUGAAACUCCCACUCGCCCCUCUGACCCCUCCCUCCCCUCUGCGUCUCCUGUUCCCUGGGACGGUGACGCCAGCUUCCCUCCAGGAAGAUGAACCCCCAGCAGCCUCCCCACGGCGCCUCGGGGUCCGAGCGCGACCUCCACUCGGCCGCCUCGUCCGUCAGUCUGCCCUCCGGCCGAAAGACGCCCAAGAAGAGACGCCUCUCCCUCCACUCGCUCUUCGGGCGGCGGCGGCGCCCCGAGCGUGACCCCAAGCGCAAGUCCCGCGCCCUCCGCGGCGGAGGCGGGGUCGACGGGAUCGCCAGCGUGGAGAGCAUCCACUCCUCCGAGGCGGGCCACAAGGGUUACGCUCCCCCGGGGGUCCCCUCCACGUCCUCCUCCGCCUCCUCCGUGUCUCCGUCCUCGGCCGGCGACCUGCUGGAGUGCCCGCUGUGCCUGCUGCAGCACGCCCGCGAGCGCUUCCCCGACAUCAUGACGUGCCACCACCGCUCGUGCGCCGACUGCCUGCGCCAGUACCUGCGCAUCGAGAUCUCCGAGAGCCGCGUCAACAUCUGCUGCCCGGAGUGCUCGGAGCGCUACAACCCCCACGACAUCCGCAUGAUCCUGGCCGACCGCGCCCUCAUGGACAAGUACGAGGAGUUCAUGCUGCGCCGCUGGCUGGUCGCCGACCCCGACUGCCGCUGGUGCCCCGCCCCCGACUGCGGGUAUGCAGUCAUUGCCUUUGGCUGCGCCAGCUGCCCCAAAAUCACGUGUGGCCGCGAGGGCUGCGGCACAGAGUUCUGCUACCACUGCAAGCAGCUGUGGCACCCCAACCAGACCUGUGACGCCGCCCGCCUGCAGAGGGCCCAGAGCCUCAGACUGAGGACCUUCAGAUCCUCCUCCCUCAGCUACAGCCAGGAGAGCGGGGCCGCAGCUGAUGACAUCAAGCCCUGCCCGCGCUGCGCUGCCUACAUCAUCAAGAUGAACGACGGCAGCUGUAAUCACAUGACCUGCGCCGUGUGCGGCAGCGAGUUCUGCUGGCUGUGCAUGAAGGAGAUCUCUGACCUGCACUAUCUGAGUCCCUCAGGCUGUACCUUCUGGGGCAAGAAGCCGUGGAGCAGGAAGAAGAAGAUCCUGUGGCAGCUGGGCACGCUGGUGGGCGCCCCCGUGGGCAUCGCCCUCAUCGCCGGCAUCGCCAUCCCCGCCAUGAUCCUCGGGAUUCCCGUUUACGUGGGGAGGAAGAUUCAUAAUCGCUACGAGGGCAAGAACAUCUCCAAACACAAGAGAAACCUGGUGAUAGCGGGUGGUGUGACCCUGUCUGCCAUAGUGUCACCAGUGGUGGCAGCCGUCACCGUCGGUAUCGGUGUACCCAUCAUGCUGGCGUACGUGUAUGGCGUGGUGCCCAUCUCGCUGUGUCGCGGUGGCGGGUGCGGCGUCUCCACCGGCAAUGGCAAAGGAGUUCGCAUCGAGUUUGAUGACGAAAAUGACAUGAACGUGGGCAGCGGGGUGGCGGCCACCGAUACCACCUCCGUCGCAGACACGAGGCACAACCCGAGCAUAGGGGAGGGCAGCGUGGGGGGCAUGACGGGCAGCCUCAGCGCCAGCAGCAGCCACAUGGAGCGCGUGGGAGCCAUGCGGGACAACCUGAGUGAGAACGCCAGCACCAUGGCCCUGGCCGGGACCAGCAUUACCGGCAGCCUGUCAGGCAGCGCCGUGGUCAACUGUUAUAACCGGUUGGAGGUUCAGGCAGACGUGCAGAAGGAGAGGUGUAGCCUGAGUGGAGAUUCAGCCACGGUCAGUCUGGGAACUAACAGUGACAACGCCAGCACAAGAGCCAUGGCUGGUUCCAUCCUCAAUGCCUAUAUGCCUUUGGACAGAGAUGGCGGCAGCAACCUGGAGGGCCAGGUGGACCUGGAGGGCCAGGUGGACCUGGAGGGCAAGCAGGAGAGGAAGCUCCGCCACCCCAGCACCAGCAGCAGCCUGGACGACGCCAGCAGCAACGGCCCCGGGGGCGCCUGCCCCCCUGGCUGCCCCCACGACCCCAGCUGCCGCUGGACCAAGGAGUCGUCCACGUGCUCUGGCGGUAAGAAGAGCAAGGGCAAGCCGCGGAAGAAAUGCAGUGGCGGGAGCAAGAUCGAGGAGACGCUGGAGGACGUUGAGGCCCGCCUGCUGGAGCAGCGCAGCACCAACUCCAGCGAGUUCGACUCGCCCUCGCUGAGCGGGAGCCUGCCGUCCGUAGCCGACUCCCACUGCAGCCACCUGUCCGAGUUCAGCUGCUCCGACCACGAGUUCCCCCGCCCCCUGCCCCCCAGCCUGGAGCCCUACCCACGCCUCCCCAUCGCCCCUCCGGAUGCAGGGGUCACCCUGCUGGCUGAGGUGGAGAACGACCGACUGGAGACCUGUCCAGUCCUGAGAGGUGGCCCCACCUCCCUAUCACCACCACCCCUCCCUGGUUCCCCAGAGGGGGUUGGUGGGACUCUUCUCUUCAUUGCCGAGGAGAACAUUGGGUUGAUUUGGGACAGUGAGCCCCUUGACUCCCUGGUUGUGGAAGAGGACCUGAAGGAGAAUAAUAAUAACGACACCACCACAGCAUCUGUGGUUCACCAGCAGCCUGCAAGCCCAGCCAGAAGUGGCUGUAUUCAAACGAAUAUUUAGAGUCACUACACAGACACACUGACUUGCCUCGGAUGCUAAUGCUAAUGGCUAACCUCAACCUAGCUGUGUCCGUGAAACUGUGCUACUUCUCACAGCUAACCUCAAGCCCUCCGCAUAGAGGGAGUGCAUCGCACACUCACUGCAUUGGGGAGGUCAACCGUCUUGGUGAUUGAUGAUUUGUCAGCUGUGGAAACAAGAAUGUUGUGGGAAAAGUUAAAGGUAUUUGUGAUACGGCAAAGGUUAAAAUGAGAUGAAAAUGAAAGACGAACCCAGUGAGGUCAGAGCUAAUUGGUUAUCUGUUCCGACAAGGGGCGGGACUAGCUUUUGGGCGUGGCAGGUCCCAAUGGCAGGACUGCCAGCCAGCUAAUGCAAAGCCCCUCUCCAUCUACAAGGCCAUUGGUUGACACAAUAGCUGGAGCACUAUAGCUCUAUGAAUGUUGAAUGUACUUUGGCAGGUUUGAAGCAGGAUUUAUGUGGGGAUGUAGCAGAAGACAGAAGAAAAGAGUUCAGUUUGGAAUUACAGUGUGUCCACUUAGGAAUUUAAUUCUUUCAAAACACCGGCAUGAUGCCACAAAUCCCAGAUCAAUCCCAGGAUCCUUGUGUUGACCUGUGAACAUGCCAUAAGAAGAUUAGAUGGGUCACAGAAGUACGAUAGAAAUUCUAAUCUAGACGUGCAUCUGGCGUACAAGUUGAAGGUGUUUAGUAACUGAUAGGAUUUGAGAACUGAUGACACUGUGGUCCACAACUGUGCCACCUGUCAAAUCAAAGGGUGAAUGUCAGUAGCCAAUGAUUAGUCAUUUCCUGCUCAAAAGGCCUUUAAGGGCUCAUUGAACUUUUGGAUGAUUAAAUUGAGGAGAUUAUACAAAAGUAGGCAGACUUUUGAGCGUUCACCUGAAAGUGUGAUCAGAAAGCACCACAGCAUAAAGGAAUAUGAAACUUUCUAUUAAAGCUCAUCAACGUGUCAAUAACCUAAGAGGGACCAUGCAAUAGUCAUAUUUUCAUGACGUUUCCAUGAUUACUUUUUUUAAAAUUAUGUAGUAUUUUUUGUUUAUUUUAGAGGACAUGGUUUUUUUUUCUAAUUUUUGGUCCUCUGUAAGGUCCACCAGUGUUAUGUGAUGGUUGAAGCCCCUAGGGCCAAGUCAGCCCUAACCCACAUGCAUACUUCUAUAGAUAUGAGAUGACUAGACAGACAGGAUGGCAGACAUUCUGUCUUGCCUGUCAGAUGCUACUACCAUCUUGAUUAACCCUAUCCUGCCCUUCUCAGAUCCACACAAGUGGAAAGCUUGUCUGAUUUGGGUAGGAGUUGAUUGCCAUUUUGUAAAAGACGACCAAAUGUUUAUCAUCCUUUUCAACAAGACGGAUCAAAGCAGCUCCAAGCUGGAUGAAAGAGUAAUGAGAAAUAUUCUUGGACUAAGCUGAAAUGUGUCUACGACCUAGAAGAACCAUAUGGACCUGCACUGAAGACAGGCUACAUUCAGUUAUUCAGAUUAUACAUUUGGAUUGCUUGAUUGACAUAUGGAGAAUUGUCAAACAAAAUUUAAAAAAAGGGUUGACUCAUUUGUCAUUUGGUUAAAAUGUUAUAUUGGAUCUUUCUAGGUUGUAGAUGAAAUAAUGUUUAUGGAUGUCAUGUACAGUAUUAAUGGUGCCUUUAAAAAACACAUGUGUUAAAAAACAAACUGCAGUGAUACAACAAAACCAAGCAACCAGACUGUUGGUGGCUGGCUCAAGUGGGGGAAUAGGCUGGGUCGGUGUAUGGCUUGUUCUGCAGAUUAAUUCAGUUAAUUUCCCGUCCACAGUGGUGCUGCUUAAUAAUCAACUCUGAAAUGGUUCAGUGCCGCAAGGAGGACUUUAUUAGCUUCCUAAAUUUCUGUAAUUCAUUGUAUUUUUUGAAUACUUGUGCCAGGUCUGAUUUCGUACCUGCGCAGGAGAGAUGUACUUCAUUUGUUUGUUACUCAUUUUUGCUUUACAAUAUGCAUAUCUAAAAAAAUAAACAGCUGAAUCAA